AUCUGACAUGAAGGAUCUAGAAUUUCAAGUGGGAAUGAGGUUCCAAUCUUUCAAUGAACUCAAAGAAGCAAUAAGACAAUACUCAAUUAAUAAUAGAUUCAAAAUUAAAUUUGCAAAGAAUGACAAAAGAAGAGUCAGGGCAGUAUGUAAGGAAGGAUGUGAUUGGUUUAUUUAUGCAACUGUCAUGCAAAGUGAGCCAACAGUACAAGUUAAGUCAUACCAACCCAAGCAUCAAUGUUCCAAGGAUUUUGUAAAUAAGCAGGUAACAUCUACUUGGUUGGCUAAACAUUACUUAGAAAGGAUCAAGUAUGACCCUUCUUGGAAACUACAUGCCUUUCAAGAUGUAAUCAAGAGUGAAUUGUGUGUGAAUGUCUCCAUAGCAAAGUGCUUCAGAGCAAAAAGAAGGGCAUUAAAAAUUAUUGAGGUUAUUGAUACUGAACAAUAUGACAAAUUAUCUGAUUAUUGUGCAGAGAUACGAAAGACUAACCCAGGUUCAAGACUGAUGCUAAAUCUAAGCAAUCUUAUCUUUCAAAGGAUGUUCAUCUGCCUAGAUGCUUGCAAAAAAGGAUUUCAAGCUGGUUGUAGGCCUAUUAUUAGUGUUGAUGGAUGCUUUUUGAAAGGAAAAUAUCAUGGACGGCUCCUUGUAGCAGUUGGCAUUGAUGCAAAUGAUUGCAUCUUUCCAAUAGCAUAUGCUAUAGUGGAAGUUGAAUCAACAGAUACAUGGUCUUGGUUCUUUCAGUUGUUGGCGGAAGAGCUUAACAUUUGGAACUCCUAUACAUGGACUUUUAUGUCAGAUAGACAAAAGGGUUUGAUUCAAUCAGUGGAAACUCUUUUUCCUAAUGCAGACCACAGAUUCUGUGUAAGGAGGCGACCUACUCCAAAGACGGUAUCCAAAGAAGAACUAGCUCAACCUGCUCAUGAGGCACAAUCUGCACAACAACCAUCAAUUUGCACACCAUCAAUUAGUAGAUGGAUGCCUAAUAUAAAUUUAGUCUAAUUAAAGAUAUCCUACUAAUGAAUUUCAAUUUUUGAUGUAAAUACAUCACUAAACUUAUUCUUUGAUACAGGAAAAAAGAGCUUUUGACUCUCAAACUCCCACCACAUUACCAGACUCACAGGCCACUAGUAGCAGAUCCAUUCAGGUCCAAACUAGUAGAGGACAAGCAAUAUUUCAGACAUAUAGGCAUCAACCAGGGAGGAGCCAAGUUGGGAGCCAAGUUGCGAGAGGGCCAAUAAGUGUGCAACCUGGAAGAGGACAAAUAAAUGUGCAAAUUGGGAGAGUACAAGCAUGGCGUCAAGCAGGGAGAGGACAAGCAUGGUUUCCAACUGGGAGAGGUCGUGCUUGCUUGAAUCCGAUAGUUAAUUCUCAACCAAGUAAUCAACAAAGAAGAGUGCAGGUUGUUAGAUGGAUGCCCACCAAAACAAAACACUUCAUAUCCUACUACCCAACCAGAGAACAAGACAAGUGAAGGCAAUUAGAAGUUUAUAUUCUCAACAAACAUGAUCCUUUUGGUUCAUUUUGUAUUGUGAAUUUUAUGCCAUUUUGGUGAUAUAAGUAUUAUUUCUUUUAAGAUCCAACUGAUAGUUUGUGACAA